UCUUUUUAGGGCCUCAUCCGUGGUAUACGGAGGUUCCCAGGCUAGGGGUUGAACCAGAGCCAUAGCUGCUGGCCUACACCAUAGCCACAGCUAUGCCAGAUCCUUAACCCACUGAGCAAGGCCAGGGAUGAAAUUCUCCUCCUCAUGGAUACUAGUUGGGUUUGUUAACCACUGAGCUAUGAUGGGAACUCCUCAAGUUUUGUUUCUUAAUGUUUUUUCCAAAUUAACAGUGGGUUUUUGCUUUCUAGUUUUCAAAUUUUUGUUGCUAUAAUAGUCUCUUUUCUUACAGUUUAAAUUUGAAAAUAAUAAUGACCCCCCCCAAAAAAGACCCUUUACAAUAGGGGGGUUUCAGUGAGGGAGUGGAAGUUAAAUAUUUGUGUUCCAUCUGCCAUCUUUAUUGGGAACUGAGUGCUUUAUUUGAAACAGCCCAGUGUUUUUCCUUAAGUUCAUUUCAUACAUUUUCAGUGUAUCUGUCCACUAGACCGUAAGUCUUUUCUAGAUGGAGAUCAAGGUCUUCAGUGUUUGGUUGAACUCCUGAAGGUCUUGCUCUCUCCGAGCUGGCUCCUAGAGCUAUGCGAAACUGGACUUACCUUUGGCCCAGGAUGGGAUGAUUUCAGGGAAGAGCCAUGAGUUUAGAGUUGAAGCACAGAUGGCUGCAGAGGAGAUCCUGGCAUCUGGCAAAAGUUCUGCUUUCUUAGGCGCCUUUGGCAGCAGCACUUACGGAUUCCUAGCGAAUGUAUUAGAGUCCACACUACCGUGGCCAUAAGUAAGGGUAGUUUGAUAAAGAUUAAACAAUGAGUAUGGCAUGGGGAGUGACCAGUUCUGAGACUCCUUUGUGCUGUAUUGAUGCAUACCAGCUAACUAUCCACUCCAGCUUGUCCUUGGGUUCCAGGGUGCCCCUGGCUUUCCCCGGCCCCCGCCUUUAUUAUCUUGCCCAAAUUGUCAGAAUAGAGCUUUAGCAAAAUGGGUUGAGGCUCCUCUCUGCAUCUCUCAGGCUUCAUCCUCAAAGGUUAUACUCCUUAAGUGCCCCUGUGCCCAGUGGCAAAUACUAAGUGGAAACAGAAGAUGUGGUCCUCAGCUUGGAGGAGGAGCGCGAGCCAGCAGAGAGAAGGGCGGGAUGCAGGAGGCAGAGGCAGUGUGGGGUAGAAGGAGCAACAUCAGAGGACAUUUCUGUCUCGGCUGACUCAUCCCAGACCACCAGAGUCCUGAGCCUUUCCCUUGUCAGCUCAGCCAAGCAGACUGCUCUGCAAGACUGCUUUGCCUUGUCUGCCUUCCCCUGACCUCUUCUAGCUUCCUGCACCCUCCAUCCAGCUUCUAGGGGAAGGCUGAGGGAAGAGCCAAGAGGGAGCAGCUGUAGGUCAAGAGGGCCUACUUCCGAAUGGCCAGAUAGUGCAGACUCUGAAAGAAGGUGUGAGCUGGAGGUGUUGGAACAAUGAGGAACAGCUAAGCAGGUGAAAAUGGAUGCUUUCCUGUCCUUUCCAUUCAUGCCACUUACUUUUUUGAGUAAAAAAUCAGAACGUUUUUGGUAAAGGAAGAAAGUACAUUGAACUAGAGAGAGUUGGGAAGCUACUAUGUGUCUAUUUUAAAUGAUUCUAUGAUAAAGGGUCUUUGGUUAGGCUGCUUUGGAAGCUUUAUCAUGGUUUCAGACUUUCUGCCAUCUUGGCCUCUCCAGGCGAGGAACCCAGAGCUGAUUUAUAAGUAAGCAUUCCAAAUCAUGGGGUAUUUGGAACUGUAGGUUUGAAGGUUAACUCUUCCUGUGUACCUCCUUAUUUUUCCACAUCUUGUUAAAGAGUCCUAACGAGAGAAACAUUUGAAGUUUCUUCAUAUACCAAAAAUGACUUAUAAUUUUCUUUAUAUCCAUCAAGGUAAUGGUUUUUAGUACAGCAAAGUGAGACCGUGCUGGUCAUCACAUUCCAGAGAAAGGGAACAGAACUCUAGAGCUGAAAAGUCGUUUGGAUGAACUGAGAGCAUGAGCGAGUGUUAUCACAGGGUAGCCUUCCUCUCUGAAGGCCGCCACCUAGGUAGGACCAGUAAGGAUCUGAACACAGUCAUAGCAAGGCAGCUCUCAGAUCUGCCCAUGUGGCCACUAACUCUGUUUACGUUACUCCUUAGCUGACAUUAUCACUGUCUUUGUUCAGUCUUAGUCUAUUAAAUUCCAAAUUCAAACUCAUCUACUGAGAGAGCAGUUCAGGUCUGUAUAUAAUUAUUGCGCACCUUCUGAAUGUCAGGCACUGUGUCAGACCUUGGGAUGACAAGGGCAGUCUCGUGCGAGGAAGCAGAUACAUGGAAAGCUUUAAACAGUGUGGUUCUGAGGAAUGAAUUGAGGAAAACAAUUUGGUGACUUUGUUAAAUCUGGAAACUAAGAGACAGGAGAAGUAUCUAAGGUCACGUUCAGGUAUCGCCAACCAUUUUCUCCUUCUUGAACUCUCCCUUCCUGAGGCUCCACAUAGUGUCCUUUCAGUUUCUAUUUCAAUAGGUGCACUUCAAAGACUCAGUCCUUAAGUGCUGUCCCUAUAGUGUUCUCUUCGGCUGUCUGCUCUAUUCUCUAUCUUCUUUGCACAGGGCCAGGAUUUCCUAAGCUCUGUCUCCAGCUCAGUCCUCUCAGCACACUCGGAUUUCCCAGCAUCCACCUCAUUGCUCCAGCUGCCACAGGCACUGCAGACUCAGUAUGCCAAAACUUCUAGUUCCCAAGACUGUGUGCCUUCCUGCUGCCCUUCCCCACGCUGCCUGGGACACCCUCUAUAGAAGGAAAUAGAAAUGGACAGAAGUCUCAUGCAGCACUCGCCAACAGAAAUGUCAACUAAAUAUGACAUUAAAAUUGCAUAUGUAAUUUUAGACUUUUCUACUAGCCACAUUAAAAAAGCAAAAAGAAAGAGAUGAGAUUAAUUUUAAUAGUACAUAACCCAGUACACUCAGCAUAUUAUCACUUCAACAUGUAAUCAAUAUAAAAAUUGAGAUUUUUUUUUUUUUAAAUGCUGAACCUUUGAAAUUCAGUGUGUGUUUUGGUGACAAAUCUGAAUUUGGACCAGUCAUAGUUCAAGUGGUCAACAGCCACAUGUGGCUAGUGGCUCCUGUAUUAGCAAGUGCAAAUCUGGAGUGAAAAAGGUGGUAUUUGAGACUAGCAAAAACAUUGUAAGAAAUACUACAGGAUACAUGGAAGUAUGGUAGAAUACAUACAUUGUAAGCAUCACUAUUUUUUUUGGAUUCAUGUUUCAUAUUCUUUAUGGUUUUCCCCUAACAUUUAGAGAAACGUUUGAAAUUCUAGUGUUUCUCAGCAGUGUUAAGACUCAUUCCUCCAGUCGCGGGAAGGGAUUUUUAAGAGAGUAGCUCACCUCCCUGCCCCCACCCCCCCACCCCCCCAAUCCCAGUGGAAAGCUGAAAUUCUCAACACAGAGCUCCUCCCUACCUGGAUAGUCCCUUCCAAACCUUAUUGUGAAAUCCCUGGGCUUUGUUUUAGAAGGAAAUUGCUUUCCUUCACACUGACUUUUCAAAAUGUUCAAACCUUAGCUGCCAGAAACAAAAUGAUUUACAAUGAUUAUUACGCCAAAGCCACCGUAUAUCUCGGAUUUUUCCCGGAUGACGUUUUUAAUAUUCUUUUAGUUCAUGCACCUUGAAUUUUGUUCAGAAUGAGAUCUCUCGCUCACACUCUUGAGUGUGAAAUACUGGAAAGUACUGUGGUGAUCAACCAACUGGCGCUCACCAGUUCCUGGAACUUAGAACUUAAUUCUGGAUUCUCCUCUGUAGUUUCAGGAGACUGCUCCUUUCCCUGGGGAGCUGAAAUCGUUCCCGGGGAGGCCGUGUGUUUUCAUGUGGCAACAGAGCAUGAACCUGGGCAAUAGCUCUUCCUUCUCAGAAGGCCUCGUUUAUACUACUGUUCAUAAAUCAGCAAAAAAUGAGUUUUAAGGGGUACUUUUUUUUCUGAAGAAGAAGAGAUUUCUAAAGUUACGUAGUAGCAACAAAGCCUUCUAAGAAUAUUUUUUGGCAGGCUGAUAAAGGAUUAAAGAGAAGAAAAGAUACAGGCCCUGGGAGAGUGGUGUUAGCCAUCGGGACACCAUCCAGAUAUUGGUGCCCACAAACUGGGGGAGGAAACCGCCUUUACUGUUACUAUUCAAAAUGCUCUUCAUGUUCUUGUAUCGGCAACUAAAAUGAUUUCCCUUUCAAGGUCUAGGCCAGUGGUCCGUGGGGGUGGGGUAGGGCUUCUGCCACAGGCCUUCCUUCCUUGAGGGGGGACCCGGGGAAGGGGCCCGGGGAAGUGCCCCGUGGCUCGCCCGGUGGGCCCUCGCCCCUCAGGGCCAAGGGCUCUGGGAGGCAAGAGGAGCGGGAACACGGGGUCGCGUGGCCCAGGUUUUCCCGGCUGUCAGUCUCCCAGCGUCCCCAGCUUUCCAGGUAGGGGCGCCCCCUCCCACGCAGCGCGGUUCGGGCGGGUGGGAAGGAGGGGCUGGGCUGCGAGUGCCCGCCCCUCCAUCUAUCACAUGGCCGGAGAGCCACAAAAACAACAGCUUUGGCCAAGACGGUGACUCCAGGAAGGGGAACGCAGGGCUCUCGCGGCGGGCCCCCACCCCAUGGAGGAGAGUUUUCUUGAAUCCUUCGGGAGGCUAAGCCUCCGGCAGCAGCAGCCGCAGCCUCGGCCGCCCGCCCCGCCGCCGCGUGGGACACCUCCGCGUCGCCACAGCUUUCGGAAACACCUCUACCUCCUGCGAGGCCUCCCGGGCUCGGGAAAAACUACACUGGCCAGACAAUUGCAACACGACUUUCCCAGGGCCCUGAUUUUCAGCACCGAUGAUUUUUUCUUCAGGGAAGAUGGUGCCUAUGAGUUCAAUCCUGACUUCCUGGAGGAAGCUCAUGAAUGGAACCAGAAAAGAGCGAGAAAAGCAAUGAGGAAUGGCAUAUCCCCCAUUAUUAUUGAUAAUACCAACCUCCACGCCUGGGAAAUGAAGCCCUAUGCAGUCAUGGCACUUGAAAAUAACUAUGAAGUUAUAUUCCGAGAACCUGACACUCGCUGGAAAUUCAACGUUCAAGAGUUAGCAAGAAGAAACAUUCAUGGGGUCCCAAGAGAGAAAAUCCACCGAAUGAAAGAACGGUAUGAACAUGACGUUACGUUUCACAGUGUGCUGCGCGCGGAGAAACCAAGCAGAGCAAGCAGAAGCCAGGACAGGAACAACGCCGCUCCUUCCGACGGGGCAGGGUACUGGAACACCUAUGCCGAGCUCCCAAACCGGAGGGCUCAGGGCGGCUUCUCUAAUGAGAGCGCCUUUCACAGAAGGGGUGGUUUUCACCACGGCUAUUAGAGGUCUAUCCUACAGGCAUUCAAGAGUUUCCUAAAUCAGUUUUUACUUCCAUUUUGGGUAUUUAUUCUUUGUUUAGUUGUAGUCAGAGCUCUAUCCCAUGUAAAUAGUCAAAGCUGAAAGUUUUUGAGAAGUCAUUACAUCCCUCUUCAACAAGCAUUUGUUAAAGGGAUCCUAUAUGCAUGGUCUGAUGCUGGGAAUUCUGAUUAAUCAGAGUUCCUUUCUCUAGGGAAAGAAUUAAUUUGAAAGUGAAACCUGAGAACAUACCCAAGAACAUAAUCAGCCACAUAGGUUCAUUAAUGAAAUGAAGUGUUUAUAAUAUAAAGCUUCAGUACCGCUGUCUCUGAAGCAGUCUAUUUUUUCAGGAAAUUCAUCUCUGUCAGGAAAGUUAGGAAGGUGGGAGAGAAGCAGGAGGCAGGAAAAAUUUUAGUGCCACUGCUACUUUGCUCACCCAUGUAUCCAAAAAUGUGAGAUGUGUGGCUGUAAUGAUGAUACUGAUUUUCCUUCACAAUGAAUAUGCCAGCAAGCAUACAUCUAGGGGAUUAUUGUCUUUCAAAGUAGAUAGUUUGGGAAAUUAUUCCUUUACUUUAGCGAUGUAUCACUGUUAAAAAUGUCUGUGAAAAUCUUUCUUAAUAGCUUUACAAGCUGCUGAGGAAAAUCAGUGUCAUUGUUUAAAGUCGCAUCUUAUGUUUUAACUACCACUUUAUUGAACAGGGUUAAACCUGAAUAAUUUUGGCUGUUGAGCUAAUAGUGUAAAUAAAACAAGCCUGCCUUUAUAAAACACCAAUUUUUAAAAUUAAUAAUUAAGCAGUUUUUAAAAUUAUGCCUAUAAACCUGUGUAUAAUCAGUUGGCAGUCCCCAAAUUUGGGGUGUACAAGGAAUUAAGCAGCCCAGAAUGUACAUUACGUGGAGAUAUGGAAAAGUCAUGCUUGACUUCAGAUGAGCAGGGUUGGUGUUUUAUGUGGCAUUAAGGCAAUGAACUUCUACCACAAUUCCUACACUAAUACUGAAUUUAUGAAUCCAAAUUAAAUCUCACUAGGUUGGAAUCAGAUUAAUUUGGUGGGAGACCAUGAUAGAUAAGACCAGUCGGGGUGUAUGCUUUAUUUCUUGUUGGCCAACAGCUUCUUUCUAAUGUUUUGUGAAGUAUUAAGUGUCCUAUAUAAUGGUGCUUUUAUGGUUAUUAAAAUUAUAUACGGUAUUGCUUUAUAUGGAUUUGUCAUUGAAUCUCAUUGUUUCUUGGUUUAGGAAUCAAAUUCCUAAUUAAAUUCCACACAAGUCCUA